CAAACCGAACACCCCUUCACGUUCUCACAAGUCACAACAUAACAAAAACAACAACAAAAUCAUCUUUGCUCCAUCAAAUUCUCAAGCCAUAUCCAACAUGUCCAAAGCAGGAAAACUAACGAAGCUCAAGUCAGUGCUGAGGAAAUGGAACUCAUUCAGCAACAAACACAGUCAAGUCAGUGUCAUCUCCGCCGUCGCGAACGACGGAGGUGACACCUCAUCGCUCCUCCCAGUGUAUGUUGGGAGGACACGUCGGCGUUAUCUCGUGAGCGCCGAUGUAGUCGGACACCCGCUCUUCAGGGAGCUGGUAGGCCGGUCCCGCGACGGCUCCAAGGAGGAGGACGAGGACACCAUCAACGUGGCGUGCGAGGUUGUCCUAUUCGAGCACUUGCUCUGGAUGCUCCACAAUGCCGAUCCUCAACCCGAGUCGCUCGAUGAACUCGCCGAUUUUUACGCCUGCUAGCUCUAUAAUUAUUCCUUUCUCGUGAACAACACAGUACGAGUGAAACAGUUUUAAAUUAAUUGCCGUUGUAAUUGUUUUGAUGUACGUACGUGAUCUUCAACUACGACAAAAUGUUUUAAUUUAAAUAAUAAUAGAUAUAUAUGAGAAAUUCAUCCUCCACAAAA